AUGAAAAGUUCAUCGCCCAAGAAUUAAUUAGUAAUUGAAAAAAGAGGCUUGAGUGAACACGUUCAAGCUACCAGUAUCCACUCAGGAAGUAGAAAGACCUCCAUUGUGACUAAGGAGAGCAGUAAUUUAAAGGGAAAUCUAUAAAGCAUUUAAAAAUAAACAGAGAUAAAUAACUCUUAACUUAAGAAGGUUUCAAGUGCUGGAAAAUUACUGAUACCUAAAAGUGAAUAAUAAUAGUAAAAAUAAAAACGAUUUUCAUCAAAAGAAGGAGAUGGAUCAAAUGUAAUUAGAUCAGGUUACUUAUACAAAUAAAUUUCUCCAAAAGUUACGAUGUUAGAAGAUAAAAUGAAUGUUGUAUUUGUUCAGGAACUUAAUAAAUAUUAAAUAAAUAAUGAGCCAACAUCACCAAAAUCUCCAAAAUUAACAGAUUCUAAUUUAUUUAUGCAUGGAAUGACUUAGAACGGAUUUUAAUUAAAAGGUCCUUAAUCCCCUCCAUCUCAUGAUAUACUUGCAAAUGGUCAACUCAAAAAUAAGAUACCAAAGAGUGUUUUAAGUCAUCAUUAAAAUUUAAUAACAACAUCUGGAAAAAAGAUAACUGAAUUAAAAACAAGCAAAUAAUAUCAAAAUACAGUAACCUACUAUUGA